ACUGAGAGAGAACGCCGGGGACUUGGUCCUUGGGAAAUAUUUACCGUUGCAUUUGCUUUGGACUCCCUCUAGCUACAUCAUUUUCUACGGUUGUUAUGAUUUUAGGAGAACUCAACCAGCAUCAUUUUGUACCUCUUGUGCUCUUUGUUUAGCUCUGCUGCAGCGUGUCCUCGUUCACAAACCAGACCUGGUAGUCACGAGAAAGUGGAGCGCGUGGGUCAGGCGCGACAUCACACUUCCGGAAGUAUCCAAUGUAAAGGGUUGGAAGAAGAGGACGCAGAGAAGAUGCCGGACCUACUUAUUGGGAGGGUGAAUCUGGGUACCGCUUCAGAGAGCAACUUGGCCGCCGCUGCGGUGCAAGUUUUCGCCGUGGUGGCGAUGUCCACAGCCAUGGCUGACCCCAGGUGGAUGCAAGUGGAUGUCCAGAAAAAGGUGUAUGUGCUUGGGGUGGCCGAAGCACUGCACCUGCGUCUCAACUUUACUGGUUCACCUGAAAUUCUUAAGGAGGAAGGAAUGCAUAUCCUCAUCUUCAUGACAUUCUGUUGCUAUGGCAGUAUUUUCAUUGGCUUUCUUGCCUUCAUGCUUGACUUCCUGGACAUCAAACACCAGAGGAUCUUGGGAUGUUUGAAAUGUGCAACCAUCCUGCAUUUUAUCACAGUCUUAUCGACGGCAGCAGCCGUAGGUCUGUGUAUCCACCUCUACUUGUUAAUCCUCCACGAGCUGAAAACUAAUUCAACGAGGACAAACGAAAGCUCCGUCGUUUUGGGGGAAAGUUUCGCCUUUGCGAUAUUCUCUGGCCUCGCGUCCUUCCUCGCGACCGUUCUGAGUUGUGUCUUUUCCGUGAAGUACGUGCUGGAAGCCGCAGAACAGGGGUCCUUCUCGGAGGACGACGAAGUCAUAGCUCCGCUAAUCCAAGAGCUGUCGGACGCCGGCGAUCAGCAGGAUGUUACAAGUUAACGGACUUCUGGUGGAAGCCAAAGGAACCAAAAAUGUUUACAGUGCCCAAUCGGCUAAGGAUUG